GACUGACUGACGGACUCGGACUGCCGCUGAUCGGCCAACAACGUCCAACCUCAACUGCGACAUACAUAUCAUCCUUGCUUCAGAUUGCGUCUUUUCGCAAACGCACCGCUUUCCCUCCCUCUACGACUGAUUUCUUGCUUUCACCCACAUCCAGCGUAGUGCUCAAUCUACUCGCAUGCUUCGUGCAGUCGGCGGCGUGGAAGGAGAUAUGACAAGACAAUAACGUCCACCAACUUGAACCCCGUUUGGCCUUUGCAUGCAUCCAAGAUGGCUUCCAGCUCUUCCUCCAGCAGACCUCAUUCUCGAGCCCGACGGCGCCCUCAUACCCCUACCCGGAACAAGCGUGACCUGACAGGCAUUGUCGGGCAGGCAUCAUGGACCAGCAGCGUUGUCAACCUCCUCAACACGAUUGUCGGAGCCGGAGUGCUCGCGAUGCCACUGGCCAUGUCGCACAUGGGUAUCCUGCUAGGGACAAUCGUUAUACUGUGGGCCGGGGCGACGGCCGGGUUUGGAUUAUAUCUUCAGACGCGCUGCGCGGCAUACUUGGAAAGAGGAUCGGCCAGCUUCUUCGCCCUGUCUCAAAUCACAUAUCCCAACGCAGCGGUGAUAUUUGACGCGGCCAUUGCCAUCAAAUGUUUCGGCGUGGGAGUGAGUUAUCUCAUCAUCAUAGGAGGGCUUAUGCCGGGAGUUGUGCGCGGCUUUGUGGACGAGGAUCGGCUCGCAACGUUCAUGUUGGAUCGACACUUCUGGAUCACGGCGUUCAUGCUCGUUGUCAUCCCGUUCUCUUUCCUCCGUCGACUUGACUCGCUGAAGUACACGUCGGUGAUUGCGCUGAUAUCGAUCGGAUAUCUGGUGAUUCUGGUCGUCUAUCACUUCCUGGCCCACGACACCCUUCCCGAUGGACACUACCAAACCCCUCUGCGCGUCUUCAAGUGGGCUGGAGCGGUUCCUGCACUAUCAUCAUUCCCCGUCAUCGUCUUCGCCUAUACUUGCCAUCAAAACAUGUUUAGCAUCCUCAACGAAAUUGCCAACAAUUCGCACUUUCACACCAGCUCCGUCGUCUUUGCUUCCAACGGGACCGCCGCCACCAUCUACAUCAUGGUCGCAAUCACGGGCUAUUUGUCCUUUGGCAACGAAGUCGGCGGUAACAUCGUCGCACAAUAUGCUCCGUCCGUGUCCACCACCAUUGGCCAAGCCAUGAUCGUGGUGCUGGUCGUCUUCUCGUACCCGUUGCAAGUCCAUCCUUGCCGAGCGAGUGUCGAUGCCGUCCUCAAAUGGAGACCGAGCAACAAGUUGAAGUCUGUUUUGCGGUCUACUUCGGCGACGCCUUCUUCCGUCGACUCCAGUCCGCCUCGUGACACUCCUCUGCUUCAGCCAGGGAGGAAGCAGCGCAACGGUGAAAUGGGUGAGGUCCGCUUCGCCGCCAUCACCACCGUCAUCAUCAUCCUCAGCUACAUUGUCGCCAUGACCGUGUCUAGUCUGGAAGCUGUCUUGGCUUAUGUCGGUUCCACCGGAAGUACCGCCAUUUCCUUUAUUCUCCCCGGCUUGUUCUAUUACAAGAUCUCCUCGCCAGACUCACCUCUCCACCAGCGCCUUCUGAAAGAGGAGGACGACUAUGGAUAUGACGACCAUGAUGACGACGAUGAUGAUGGCCCGGCGGGCAAAUCGGACAAUGGCAGCGACCGCGACCCAGAGGGCCAUGGGCUUCUUGCGAACUCGGGAUUGUUGAGCAUUGGUGCUGUCAGUAUGUUGAGACGGACCAGGACUUUCCGCCGAAAAUUACUCCGCAAGUUGAGUCUUGCAUUGGCGAUUUACGGAGUGGUUGUCAUGAUUGUCUGUCUGAUCACAAACACCUUUUUCAUCGUUGCACAUUGAUUUUUGUUUCUCAUUGGAGUGGAGGUCGGGAAAAAGCGCUAUUAGGUCUAUUCUGUUGAAAGAGAGUCGAGCUUCAGGAGUUGGGUAUUUCUUGUUUGGGUGGAAGUUGGCCCCCAUCAUUACAAGGAGUCUGCUUGGGUAUAAGGGUCUUUACACAUGCUUGUGAGAUUUGUUUCUUGGUUUCAUGUCUCUUAGUGACAUGAACAACUGGAACUCAUGAUGAUACCACCUAUAUACCUAUGUAGGUACCUACUUGAGACGGCCGUAUACUGGUAGUCUGGAGUAGUGGAAUGGAAUGCGAAGUAGUCAAGACUACCUUAUUCUACAUCAAGUCUUUCGGAACACG